AGUGUCACCUCCUGCCUUAGGACCUUUAAGCUCUGCUAAGUGGAGUUCACUCUGCCUGCAGGAUCACAUUGCAAGGCUUUGCCUCUUCCCCACCUUGCCUGGGGGGAUAAAUCUUCCUGCGGAAUCUCAGAAAAUCAAAUUUCAUCCUGGGCUUAUUUCACCAAGGAUUUCCUUAGGAACUGUACAGGGGCCCUACGAUGUUACACCAACCACUUGUGCUGCCACCUGUCAAAACUUUGGACGGCCCUACUUUCAGGUCAUGACCUCUGGAAUUAAGAAAUUCUUCAAGACGAUGUUGAAUAUCAUCCAAGAGAAAAUGUGAUUUGAGUCUGGAGACAAUUGUGCAUAUCGAUCUAGUAAUAAAAGUCCAAGAUAGCUAAUAGAAGAGAAAACAAUAUUUGGAAGGUUGCUACAAUUAACAAGAAAAACAGCUCUUAGCUUGACUUAUACAGCACAUUUCAUUUGGGCUCUAAUGAUGGAGAAAAAGAGAAUACUGUAUUUUCUGUUUCUCUUUCCUUUUUUGAUGACUCUCGUCACAGCAGAAUCAGAAGGUGACCCUGAUGACUUAAUUCAGUUGGGGGUUACUAGAAAUAAAAUCAUGACAGCUCAAUAUGAAUGUUACCAAAAAAUUAUGCAAGACCCCAUUCAACAAACAGAAGGAAUUUACUGCAACAGGACCUGGGAUGGAUGGCUGUGCUGGAAUGAUGUUGCAGCAGGAACUGAAUCAAUGCAACACUGCCCUGAUUACUUUCAGGACUUUGAUCCUUCAGAAAAAGUUACAAAGAUCUGUGACCAAGAUGGAAACUGGUUCCGACAUCCAGCAAGCAACAGAACAUGGACAAAUUAUACCCAGUGUACUUUUAACAUGCACAAGAAAGUGCAAACUGCAUUGAAUCUGUUUUACCUGACGAUAAUUGGACAUGGAUUAUCAAUUGCAUCACUGCUCAUUUCACUUGGCAUCUUCUUCUAUUUCAAGAGCCUAAGUUGCCAAAGGAUUACCUUGCACAAAAAUCUGUUCUUCUCUUUUGUUUGUAAUUCUGUUGUAACAAUUGUUCACCUUACUGCAGUGGCCAACAACCAGGCCUUAGUAGCUACAAACCCUGUUAGUUGUAAAGUGUCUCAGUUCAUUCAUCUUUACCUGAUGGGCUGUAAUUACUUCUGGAUGCUCUGUGAAGGGAUUUACCUGCACACGCUCAUUGUGGUGGCUGUGUUUGCAGAAAAGCAACACUUGAUGUGGUAUUAUUUUCUCGGUUGGGGAUUUCCAUUGCUUCCUGCCUGUAUACAUGCCAUUGCCAGAAGUUUAUAUUACAAUGACAACUGCUGGAUCAGUUCUGAUACCCAUCUCCUCUACAUUAUCCAUGGUCCAAUUUGUGCUGCUUUACUGGUGAAUCUGUUUUUCCUGUUAAAUAUUGUACGUGUUCUCAUUACCAAGUUAAGAGUUACACACCAGGCGGAAUCCAGCCUCUACAUGAAAGCUGUGAGAGCUACACUUAUCCUUGUGCCAUUGCUUGGCAUUGAGUUUGUCCUUAUUCCAUGGCGACCUGAAGGAAGGAUUGCAGAGGAGGUAUACGACUAUAUCAUGCAUAUCCUUAUGCACUAUCAGGGUCUUUUGGUUUCUACAAUUUUCUGCUUUUUUAAUGGAGAGGUUCAAGCAAUUCUGAGAAGAAACUGGAAUCAGUAUAGGAUCCAAUUUGGAAACAGCUUUUCCCAUUCAGAUGCUCUCCGCAGUGCAUCUUACACAGUGUCCACCAUCAGUGAUGUCCCAGGAUACAGCCAUGACUGUCCUAAUGAACACCUAAAUGGAAAAAGCAUCCACGAUAUGGAAAAUAUUGCCUUAAAACCAGAAAAGCUAUAUGAUUUAGCCAUAUGAAAAAUAGAGGGACCAUUGCCCAUUUUGUGCCAUCCUAACUCAGUGACUUGGAUGCAUGAUUUUACAGCUAGAUAACUUCAAUAUUAAAUGAAUUUCUCAAAUGCCAUAAAGAAAGCUCCCAAAUUAAAUAAUAAGUCUAUUGAUAAAUGUAUAACAACAAUCUCUAUGUGGGGAAAUGCUCUGAUUUAUAAUGUUUACCAGUAAAUAUUCCCACUAUCACUGAUACAAUACUAUCCUGACAUCACUGAAAUUGGGGGUGGGGAGAUAAGCACCAUGGGCUCUUGUAAGCUGACCACACCACUGAAUGAACGCACCAAUGAAUGACUGUGAAAGUUCAGAUACCACUGACUCUACUCUUGUCACCUUAGGAGACCUAGCAUAGUCUUAUAGACAUGGAAGGAAAAUUUCCUUUUUAUUGGCUGUAAAAAUCUUUAUUCCAUUUUCUUCAGUGCAAUUGCUUUUUAUUUGCCCAGAAACACUCUACACAUUUUUGUAAUAACUUAUUAAAUGAAGCAGACAAAGAGUUAAUUUUGCUAUGGGCUACUCAUGCUGAUAUAUACAUCACAAUUAUAUCCUGUAUCAUACCCAUUUUUGAGGUUGGUAAACAGGAUAUAUGAUAUGAUAUGCAAUAUCAUAUGAUAUGCAAUCCUACUUCUGCGUCAUUCAGGAGACAUCUUGGUUGAUGGCAGAAAACACCUUCCCAGCUACUUCCCUGUCUUCCUAGCAAGUGGGAGGGAAUCAGUCUCCCUAUAUCUGUAAAUAAACACUUUUUCCCUUCCAUUUCUACUGUGUAGACAAGUUAGCAGUCAUUUUACAUGAAGGAAAUCAAUGAAGGAUUUCUUAUUACCUUGGAAGCUUGUAAAAAAAUAAGAUUGUUGUGAAAAAUGAGCUUGUAAAUCAUUAUUUUAUUUAUAGUUUCAAAUCAAAUACAUAAAAUGUAGGUAGUUGUUUCAAAGCAGAUACAAAAUACAAUAUAAGCACAUUAAUAUCUGGUAUUGCAUCUGGGCUGAUUUUAUAAUAAAAUAGAAUCUGGAAUUCUAUACUUGGUAAAUAUUUUAUGGACAACCAGAUACCAGCAUCACAAGUUUGUUUGAAAUGAAAAAACCAGAAACAUCUGUGAUAAGAUAUAAAAUAUUUAUUUAAAAAACACAAGACUAUUUUAUUGGCAUAUUGGCUUUGGAGAUUCAUUCCUUAAUAAUUGGUAUGCUUGACAUAUUCCUUCUUCAAUUUCAUUCAAAUGCAGAAAUUUUAAACAACUAUUGUAAUAAAUGCCAUUCUGCUACUCUUGUAAAUUUUACUACAAUAAAGAAUUACUUUACUGACUUUUACUAUGUGAUAAUAGAUGGCUGUGGAAAGCCUCAGAUUAUUAAAGAAACAAAACCAGAGCAAUAAAUAAUAUGAUAUACAAUGUUUCAAUAUUUUUAAUAGACUACUGUAUAUGAUGACAGAAAGUAGUGAAAGACUUGAUUAUAUCGUUGAAGAAUUGUCAGACAUUUAUGGAAUAAUUACAUUAAGAUGGAAGAGAAGUUUCUUAAUGAAUUAAAUUGACAUCUCAAUGGAAUUCAGCUUUUCUCAUGUUAUUUUCCAGUGGAAUCUCUGAAUAGCAAGAAUAACCAGGUACAUAAGGUCAAUUUGGGGAGUAAUCAUUAUACGUAUGUGGUCUUUGAAGUAUAUCAGUCAACUUAAGAUGGAUCAAAGUAAUGAUUUAGUAAACAUAAAUUGUUUCCUAAUCCAUAUUAGAUAGUGAGUUAAGAAAUUAUUUGAAAUGGUCAAGAAAAACUAUCUAAAUUAGUAAGAAUUGACAUAUUAAAUGGCCUGAUAAAUACAUUUAUAAUUUAUCUGUACUUGUAAAGGUAUCAUUAAGUUAGUUUCAAAUUUAUAAAUUUCAUAGCAAUCUCAUAAGAAGGAACACAGGCUGUUCUGAAAUUUC